AUGUCCAUGAUGUUCUUCGCCCAGCCCGACUGCCCCGCGAGGUUCGCCCACCACGACGAGCACCGCAUUAGGGGCCUCAACGCUGAGGCUAUCGCCCGCGUCCUCCUGCCGGUGCCCUCGUGGCUGCUCGAGGCCGACUACGCACCCCUCCGGGCCGAGGGCGACGACCUGGGCCCCUCUCUCUUCUUUAGCCUAAACCUCUCUAUCUACGGCCAGCCAAUCGUCGACACGGACUGGUCCGAGCAAUGGUUCUUUAUGAGCGGCCGCGUUCACCCCUACGCCCUCGCCUGGGAGGUGGAGCGCCGCGACGGUCUUGAGGCCGGCCCAGACGAUACCGUCCUCUACAGUGCCCGCCCUUAUCCGUCCUCCCACGCCUUGGCCUCUGGCGGCCAGUUCCCGUCUACGCCUCCUGUUGUCUCCUUCCAUGGCGUCAUCGCCGGGCCUGGCCUUGACCUCCUGCGUGGAGACUUCCUGCCAGAGCGCGAUUACGUCUUUAUCGUCGUCCCGGACAGCUGGAACUUUGUCGACAGGCCCUCGGCGGCCGCCUCCGCCUCGGCUUCCCCCCUUGCUACGCCCCUUAAACGUCAGACCCUAUCCGCCUCCUCUACCUUUGAUUCCGUCCGCGCCGCCUUGUACUCCGUUGCUGCGCCGGCCUCGGCUGCGUCGGCUCCCCCUUCCUUGGCCUCGGCCCCGACCGCCCUCGACCCCGUCACACCACCGCCUAAGCGCUCCCACCCGGCCCUUGCCGAUACGCCCAUGAAGAGGGCGCGCUUGCUGCAGCAGCAGAAUUCGCCGCCUUCCUCGUCUUCGGACACCGUCAGCUCCGCCGCCCUCCUCCUCUCCCCGCCGGCCGCUUCUUCGUCUCGACCGAGCGGCGUCCCGCCCGUUCCGCUCCGGCAGCCAAGCCGGGUUCCCUCUUGA